GGACCCAAAAUUGGUGCAGUAAAAUUACAAAUGUGAAGAGGCUGCCCUGUGCACACUCAUGAAGUGGUACUCCUGCAUUUUUGGUCAGAAGCACGACAGCUAUGCAAGCGAGGGCUAGGAAAUGAGAGGUCCAGAGGCACAUUUCAAAUAACCCACCUACAAAAAUAAACUAAAUUACAGUGCUUGCAAGCAAAAGUUGAGAAAAAAGCUCCCCGGGAGGCCGUCCGAGGCCAAUUCGGGAAAUGCCGCCCAGGCUGGGCACGAAGCCAGCCCGCGGGGCUGCCUACAAAUCCCAGCACGCCGGCAGCGGGGCUGAGCUCCAGCACAGCUCCUGCCUGCUUCCUGCCAGCUCCAGGGAGAUAUCAACGGCAGCAUCCUGGGCGAAGCUGGGCAGAGGUUUGGACACCACGCCGGGAAGGGAGGCAGUGCUGGAGAACUGGAAGAUGGCAGAGCCUGAAAGCACGGUUAUAAACCCCAGUGUGAAACAGAAAGACCCCAGCAAGGCACUGGUCAUUGCAGUGACCACCAGAGCCAUCUUCAACCUGGAGGAGGAGCACCAGCUCUACCUGGAGAAGGGCAAGGAGGAGUAUGUGAGGCAUCAGCAGGCCAACCAGGACAGGCCCCUGCCACCAGGCACAGCCUUCGCCUUCAUCCAGGCAGUGCAGUACGUCAACAAGAAGAUCCUGGAGAGCAACGCAGCAGAGGAGGACCUCUUUGACAUCCUGCUGCUCUCCAACAAUAGCCCAGAGAGCGGUGUGCGCAUCAUUAACAGUGCCAAGCACUAUGGCCUGGAGAUUUCCAAGUUCUGCUUCGUCAGUGAUGAGGACUCCACGCAGUACCUGAAGUCCCAUGGGGUCAAGCUCUUCCUCUCUGCUGACAGGACAGACGUCUGCAAUGCCCUCCGGAGAGGGAUCUCGGCAGCACUCGUCUUCCAGCAGGAGGUGCAGGCCCCCAGUACCCCACUGCGCGUGGCCUUCGAUGGGGACGCCGUGCUCUUCUCUGACGAGACCGACCAGGUCUUCCGGGAGCAGGGCCUGGAGGGAGCGGUGCAGUACGAGCGGGCGAUGGAGGCCGUGCCCAUGGGAGAGGGUCCCAUGAAAGCCUUUGCCAUGCGCCUGGGGAAGAUACACAAGAAGUUCAACCGUGAGGAGUGCCCCAUCCGCACCUACCUGGUGACCGCCCGCAGCGGCCGGGACAUGGGCAUCCGAGCCAUCAAGACACUCCGGGAAUGGGGUCUGGCCAUUGACGAGGCCUUCUUCAUGGAUGGGGCUCCCAAAGGCCCCAUCCUUGCCCAGAUCCAGCCCCAUAUUUUCUUUGAUGAUGGUCUUCAUAACAUCCAGGGGGCUCAAGAUGUGGGGGUACCCUCUGCCUGGGUUCCCUCAUGCUGCUGAUGGACCAAGGACCAGCAGCUCUCAGGACUGGUCCAGCUGAAGGUCAGCUUGGUGGAAUAGGAAAGAUUUAUUGACCUGCAGCAAGCAAACCUCAGGGAAAGGGGUGAGAGCAUUGCCUGAGAGCACUGACCACCAAGCAGGACUGAAUGCUCCUGAGACAAGGUCCUUUAGGCCAAAGAUGCAGCUGCUCCAGGAAGGACAGAACCUCUGCUGUGAUUUCAGGGACUGCCACCUACCUGUCUUGUAGGGCUUGGGGGCUUCCUUCUUCUACAAGGAUAAACUAAGCUACUGUCCCACACAUGUGGGGAAGGAAGCAUGAAAGUAAGCACUAAAAAUACAAAGUUCAGUGGUACUUAGCCUCCAAGAUUUAAUCUCAGGUGCUCUGCUCAAACAAGUCCCCAAGACCCUGCCUUGGUGGACAUGCUCAGCUUAGUUUCCUAAGAAGAAUGAUGUGUCACCAAGCCUCUCAUGCAGCUCUGACCAACAAAUUCAGCACACGGAUAGACCCCAAAUCUGUAAAGCACCUGUAAGCUUUUAGAAACUGAUGAGUAGGAUGACGAAAGAAAGCCCAGACUGUAGCCUCAUAUAAAUUAGGGCACAAAUACUUCUUUUUAGGCAUCACUCACAGAGAGUGCCUUUAGGAGGCCCAGACCUGUAGGACACAGCUCCUGGAGCAGCAGGAGAUGAACCAGAGACAAUGACAAGGCUGCAAGAUGGGUCCAUCCAGGAGACCAAUGUCAUCCAGGAGACCGAUGUAGCUCUGGGGUUCCUCCAGGUGAGGGCACUAGAGGCGGCCACCUGCAGCACAAACCAUGCAGGGGGACGGGGCUCGGGGUGCAGACCAUCACCCAAACCUCCAAAAAGCCCUGGGUGCCAAAGUCCAGGACCAUGGCACCUACCUGGUGCAAAGCCACCCCUAUGCAGGGAUGCCUGUCCUCUGGCCCUUUUGAUUCUGCGCCUGAUUUUACCAGGCAGAAAGCCCCAACACUUCACGUGGAGGUUUUUCUCCCCAGGUCUGGAUGUCAGUGAUUGCCACUAGAGGCCACUGUGCUGCCCUGCUGCCACUCAUGGUGGGGGGGGGAACAGGACCAUUCCCCCAAAACUAACACCUAAAAGCAGCCAUGAAAACCACUCUGGCCUCCAGCCCAUCUUGAAACUACAAGUUCUCCUUGCUGCAUUAAUUUUCCAUUUAUUUUAAUUUUUUAAAAAAUGCAAAUUUUAUGGCAGAACAGAGAGAGAUAAUCAGAUUUUUUUUAAGGUUUCAUCAUUCUCACCAAUGCUUUUUCCCCCAAUAAAUAAUUAAACUACA